AUGGCUUCGCAACCAACGAUGCGACUGCCCGACGGGCAGACCUUCACGACAAUGGCUAUAUUUGGAGGCGUCGGCUUCAAAAGCCAUGAGUUGAACAGUAACCAUCACCACGCGUUCCCGGCAGGGUGGACGAUCAUCCUCCACACAGAAGGUCCCGAGGACGAUGCGAACGCUGUGGGCAACAAUGAUGACUACUUGCCAGCUUCGCUGCGAGCACCAAGGAACGUACACCCGUUCAAGAAGCCGACGCUGAACCAGGACGCUCUGUUCAUCUCGUCCAUCUCCAACCCGUCGUCGAGUGAGUUCAAGCCUGCAGCGAGCCCUACCCGCCAAAUCGCCAUGAUGCUCUGGGUCACCUUGUACUGGUACUUCCACCAGCCGGAACCGCCACUCCAUCUCGACAGCGAGGCGUCAAAGGGCACCCCAGACGCAGCAAAGCCGAAAGGUGAGUGGAUCGUGCACGUCAAGAGGGACGGCGUGUUGAGGAGUAAAAACCUCAUCCCCAAGCUGGAGAGGAUGGGUCUCAUUGCGUCCCACAACACCUCGGUGGGCACGAGCUUGGACGAUAACGGCGACGAAUGGUCAGACAUGUUCGUCUCGCGGCGGAUGUUCUGGCAGAUUCCCGGACGCCAAUUCCUCUUCACCCUUGCGCCCAACAGAUCUCUGGCUUCGUAUCCUGGGUCUCCUGCUGGCAGCCGGUCCGCCUCGCCGACGAGGACCGAACCGCCUCAUGGAGCGCACCAUCGGCAGACUCACUCCCAGUCACCGCUGCCUACCAGCACCAGAGCCGAAUUCGAUCUGCCCGGUGGCCCCAUACCGACGACCAUGCUCCAAUCGUCAGGGCACCCCACAGGACCAUUCUUUUCGACCUCGCACUUGCCCACGUACUACCCUCCGCCGCCACUGCAGUACACCUUUACCAAUGGCACCCGGCAUCCUCUUCGCCCAAAGCCUGUGCGAAUGGGCGAGACAUUCUACUCUCGGUUUGUGCCUAGCGUCGGGCAGUACAUCUCCUUCCGCGUGGCAUCCGCUUCGCCCAAGCCUGUACCUCACCUGGGUCCCGUCGGGCCCAAGCCGCCGCAACACUCUCACCUGUGUACCCUAAGCGAUACAUCCCUGAUGCAGAUGUGGAUGGCUAACCCCCGGGUCAAGAAAUUCUGGGGCGAAUACCACCCGCAGUUCUUGAACAGUGCUCUGAGCCAGACUCAUUCGUUCCCUGUCAUUGGCCUCUGGGACGGAGUGCCGUUUGGCUAUUUCGAAAUCUACUGGGUGAAGGAGGACAUACUCGGGCGUCACCUAGGGAGCGAGGCGGACGAUUGGGAUCGCGGCCUGCAUGUCUUUAUAGGUGAGGAGUGGGCACGCGGGCGAGUGUCGGCGUGGUUGACGGGCCUCGUCCACUGGUGUCUCACGGCCGAUCCGCGCACGAUGAACGUGGUCCUGGAGCCGCGCGUGGAUAAUGAGCGUUUCUUGAAACACCUCGACGCCUGCGGUUUCGCCAAGGAGAAGAAGGUGUCGUUCCCGCAUAAGCAAUCGUGGCGGUGCGAACAAGAUGUCGAAUCAUCUGCGAACGCGACGGCUCCUAUCCUCCAGCGAGACCAGCUCACCGAACAGGCGAACGGCUCAUUGAGGACAAGUAAGAAGCGAAGCGCAUCGGAAGCGUCACUCUCCGACUAUGAAUCGGAUGGUUCUCGAUCAGGGGUGGAGCCACCUGCCAAGAGAAUCAUGAAGCUGCUUCGACCUGAUCCCCCCGAUGAACUGCUACACAAGAUCGGGACCAUGCCCUAUCUUGGGAAGAGAAAGGAAAGGACACCCAGUGUCAGCUCGGAUGGCGCCACGGACAUGGAGGGCAGCCAAGGCCAUACCACUAGACGUGUUGUAAAUUUAUGCCGAGCCAACAACGGCGACGAGGAUGAAGGGUUGUUUGCGACUGGUGCUCCCGAGAUUGUUGAGGGUGCGAUCCGAUACCCGCCACCUCCAGCUUUACAAGAUCCAUCAGCUGACAAACUUCAAUCUCCCCCGAUCGAAGCAGAAGACAACGAAGAAGACCAGACAACAAGCGUUGCAAGCGACGAAUCCGUAUCCGUCGCUGGUGAGGCCGAGUCGAACGAUGCAUACUCGGAUCGGGAGGAAGCAGAGCCUUGUACCACUGGCUCGGAUUCUGACCCAACUUUUCGCCUAGACGGUACGAAAAGCGCUCUGGGAGACGUGGCAGCUGAUUUGAAUGCACCUGACUUUCUUGCCAGUUUUGCGCAGGAUGUGGGCGCAUCUCCGGAGCCAUGUCACCAAAGCACUGCUACGAGCGGUGAAGGCAAAGCUGGCGAAAAGUCCGGUUGCGUAUCACCAAAGCAGGAUCUGAUCAACCAUAAAGAUGCGUCCCAGAAGCCUCUGAACCGUGUUGGAAGCCCGUCUUCGCCGGAUGCUCAAACAGCAUUGCAGCGACUCACCCAGAAGGUUGAACAGCUUACGAGAAGUCUACAGCUCGACGUGCAGAACAACGGUGGACAAGCGCAGGUGCCAACAUUGCCGCUAUCUGACAGUGCAGGGAUUGACCGUAUCCCUGAGAGCCAUGAGUCGGCCCCGGAAAGGUCAGCGGCAACCCCUGAUAACGAAGACAUCGGUUCUACAGCCAUCGGGAAGACCUACUGUCUCGAGUAUGAUGCAGAGUCAGAAGACGAAGCUGGGACACCCAAAGCCACAGGACAAGAGAUUGAAGCGGAGGCUCUCACUGGAAGUGACGAUGCCGACGUCUCCUCUCCCGUCGCCAGUGAGCUUUCGACCGACUCGUUCGCACUUAGCGAAGAUGUCACAGGGGACAGGUGCGACGCAGCGGCAUUCUCUAUGGCUAGCUAUGCUUUAGACAACGACCCGAAAAUCGGAGGUACACUACUCGUGGACGACGAGUCUGGAGAUAUGGGCGCCUUGGGUACGGAUAUAAUGAUCAGCGGAACAGGUGAUCAGCGAUGGGAGUUGUACGACUUCAUCCCUCGUUCCCCUUCCACUCCUACUGAGCGGAGCAUAGUGCCCAUGGACUACAAGACGCGUCGCUGCUCCGAAGAAAGUAGCGGCCAAAGCACCGUUGUCGCCUAUCGGGGAGGCUCUUCUUGUCUAUCAGUCACUGGCCAAAGUCGGUCGAUUGUCUCCAUUGCGGACGUUUGGAUGUUGGAUAUUGAUGACCCAGACAUUGGACUCCAUGAACGGGAAAACUUCAUGUACAUCUGGCACUGA